AUGGCUCCCACAUUUCGCAUCCACCGGCCAGAUGUCCUCGCAUCUCUGCCGCGUCCGCUCGACCAUACGAAGGGCCAGUACCACAUCGGUGAAGUCUAUACCCAGAAGGCUGGCUCAAAGAAGAGGAAGAGACUUGAAGUUGUCGUUGGAGUCGAUGGCGAGGCUGCCAACAUCUACCAUGUUCCAUCCUCUGGUUUGCGAACCUCGUAUCCCAUUCCUCCCCAAGAAUCAUUCACUUGCGCGCCGCACUCGAUCCGAUACCAAGAUGCAACUGCAAACGGUCGCAACAACUACACGUAUCUUUCUACUCAAGACUCCACGGGCGCCAAGGUUACCCUUUGCCGCGAUGCCAUCGAUGCGACCGGCAAGACCAUCUCUACGAGCACCUCCCAGCGGUUGCGCAACAAGUCGCCGGUCACGUAUCUCUUCACUUCAUCCUCCGUCGAUGCCACCGAGGCCGAAUUGAACAAGUCAGAGAAGGGUGAGUUGAUUGGACUUUGCAAAGAUGGCCAGGUUCUCUGCCUUGACGCGGAGUCCUUGGAGCAGAAGUGGAGUGCAUCUUCGUACAACCUGUGCAGAGACUUGCUCCCGUCCACCGUUGCAAAGUUCGAGGUGGAGUUUGGUCUCCAUGCUACCGCUUAUGAGGUCUUGAACGGGGUGUUCAAAGGCAGGCAAGAUGCUUUUGGCUCUUUUGGGCGUCAGAUUGAACCCAAAACCUUCAACCCGGACGUGCUUACCAUCGUCGUCCGUGCCAGCAGUGAGAACACCAUUUCAAGGUUUCUCAUCGUUCUUGGCGUCCUGCCCACUGUCUCUUCUCAGCCAUUGGUUCAGGUUCACGUCACUCCCCUGCCAUCUCAAGACGAGUUCUUGGCAGAGACGGCUAGCUACCAGCUCCACGUCCAGUCCGGCAAGCUUCUCCAGCUCACUGGCCCUCUACUCCGAACUUACGAUCUCACGAGUGCUGUCCCUAAGUUGCAGGGUCGUCUGCCGCUGGCUGACAACACCUCGUUCCUCCAACUCUCAGAGCACUCGGUUCUCUGCCUGUCGUCGAACACCGCCAGCAUCCUGAACCCCACGUUCCACUCAGUCCAAGCAUCGACAUCAGUUCAGUUGCCCGAGGGCCACGAGCAGCAGGCGCCAAACCUGGUGACAUUCCUUUCCAAGCUGGAUAUGGCAGUCGCUGUUGUCGGCAACACUCUCAUCUCUAUCCAGAUUGAGCGCCCCAAGUCACACGGCAAGGAAGGCCUCCUCAUCGACUCCAUCGGUCGUGGCCUGCCCAGGUCAGACCGCGUGCCAGCCAGUCUGCCCAAGCGGACCGGAAACCCCACCUUUGAGGAAUACCUUCCCGGCACGCUCUCUGAUGAAUAUGUAAAGGAGUCACUGGCGGAUGUGGAAAAGGCAGACGGUUUCCUGCAAGCGCAGGAUUGGAAGGCGUUUGAGGCCUUACUGGCUCAGAGGUUCGGGGUUGCCAUUGACCAAGACGCGGAUCUGAAUGGAGUGCAGACGCCGGACUGGAAGUGGCUGGAGCGCUCAGAGAAGUAUCCUGCUGUAGAUCGCCGAUGGGUUCUCUACGCCAUUAGCAGAGUAUUCACGAUGGACACGCAAGGAUCGGAGGCUUCGGUCCUUCGCUGCACACUCCCUGCCAGCAACGUCCUCAUCUACCUCAUUUCGGCCGGGCACCUUACCAACGCCAACAUGUCUGCGGCAUUCAAGGCCGAAAUGGCCGAGGUCACUGGCCAGGAGACGGUAAUUGAUAAGCUCAUCCAGUGUCUCGUCGACAUGGAUCCUACGAUGGAGCUACUCCUGAAUUACGUUUCUUCCACUAAGCUCGCCGAGAAGGAGCUGCUUCUCGUCAUCCGAAUCAUCAUGCGCAGCCUCGACCAGCAGUCCAGACUGCUUCUCCCUGCGCCUAAGGAGACGAAAGAGGAGGACUACGUUGAGAUGGAGAUUGAUCACUUGGAGAAGGAGCUGGAGCUGGCCGAGUACCACCUUGGGGACGAUUCCAACCUCCGCGCACGAGCCCUCACAACAGCGUUUGAGAAGCUCGCCAGUUAUGCCUCAGUCGCCACGGUCCGGGCUCUGCGAGAGACGUUCAACCCAACCGAAGUCCUGUCGCUCAUCCACCUUCUGCGAGUCCAGCUUAUUGGCAGCGCGUGGACGGCGAGAUACGUGGACCCUACAAACUUCGACGGCGACAGUUCCGCAAGGGCGCCGCCGGAUGGCGCUAUUUCCCUUAUUGCAGAGCUCUUGUCUCGCUGCAUUGACUCCGUUGGACCCAGUGGCUGGCUUACAAAUGGAACAUCAUCAGACGACCGUGCAGAUGCGGCUGACUUUAUUACGGCGCUGAAGCUCGAGGUCAGCGCAGCGCUGGAAGGACUCAACGAGGCAGUCUACCUGGACGGCAUUGUCGGCGAGGCAGUCCAGUACGGCAGGGCUGCCACAGCUGGGAAGGCUGCGAUGGCAGGACGCGGACAGGUCGCCAAGCCGGUGUCACUCGACGUCGAGGGCUCGCCCCGUCUGCCUUUGGGACUGGUUUCCAAGCAGAGUGUGCCUCAUCUGAAGAUUGUCUCGGGCGGCGAGGUUCUUGAGAGGAGCUCCCGUGAGAGGGGACACCUGCUGAGUCAAAAGGUCAAGGCAUACUCGCUUGAGCGGAUUGCCAUUUGA